ACCUUUUGUUCCUGAAGGAGCAACUACUGGUAGAAAGCAAAUAUGGAGGAAACUACUCACUGCCAUCUUUCUAUUGUAGCAUGUACAACCAAAAUCAAGCCCAGAAUUGUUGGAGGAAAUGCAUCUGUUCCUGGAGAGUGGCCAUGGCAGAUAACUUUGCAUGCCAAGUCAUCCACCUGGGGACACCUGUGUGGAGGCUCCAUCAUUGGAAACCAGUGGAUAGUAACAGCUGCUCAUUGUUUCUAUGGGGUGAAGUCACCUAAAAUUUUGCGUGUCUAUGGUGGCAUUUUAAAUCAAUCUGAAAUAAAAGAGGAUACACCUUUCUUUGAGGUUCAAGAAAUAAUCAUUCAUGAUCGAUAUGAAUCGGCAGAAAGUGGGUUUGAUAUUGCCUUGCUGAAACUCAAAACACCAAUGAAUUAUACAGGUAUGUAGAAUUUUCAUUGGAAAGGUGUCUACAGUGGUGGCCUAGACAAAAUGCCUGACAGUACCAGAUUCGUGUCUGAC